AUGACUUCCACCAUCGCGCAUAAUCUGGUGCACAUUGAUGGAAGCUUUUGUGAAGGUGGUGGACAGAUCCUUCGCAACGCCGUCGCUCUCUCUGCACUAUUGUCAAAACCAAUAUCCAUACCAAACGUUCGCCAUAAUAGAAAACCUCCGGGCCUCCGAAAACAGCAUGAAGCAGGGAUCAUUCUUGCAGCCGCCAUCUGUUCAGCCGAAACAGAGGGCGUGCACUUGUCAUCGACCAGCGUCACCUUCAAACCCGGGAAAAUAGAACUACCUAAAAUAUUAACUGCUGAUCCCGGAACAGCGGGCUCGACAACCUUGCUUCUCCAAGUCUCCUUGCCGUGUUUACUAUUUUCGUCUUCGCCCACUUCGCCUUCCCAACUAACUCUUCACGGAGGGACAAAUGCAAUCCAAGCUCCUCAGAUAGAUUAUACCCAGCAUGUCUUCUUGCCCUUCAUGAAACGGCAUUUUGGCCUGGACAUCGCGCUCAACAUUAUACGACGAGGUUACUUCCCAAAAGGAGGCGGAGCCGUGUUUUGUAGUAUUCCCUCCCUCACAGAAGCGCUUCCUCCAGUGACCCUCACAGAGAGGGGACCUGUUCAUCUCAUCAGAGGUGAAGCACGGGUCGGAGGGCUUCCUUUCAUCAUUGCCGAACGCAUCAAAAACGCUGCGUGUGCUACACUAAUCGCCGCAGCUGUUUCCCCUACUAUUAUCCGGAUUGACGCGGUCAGAGAAACUCAGGAAGAGGCGUUCGGCAGUGGAGGGGGAAUCUUACUAUUCGCUGAGACUGACAAUGGGUGCGUGAUAGGCGGAUCUUCAGUUUCGACGAAGAGUAGGGAUCCAGAGGAAAUUGGAAAAGAAGCUGCAGAGGAGCUCCUUCGUAAUCUUCGUCAUGAUGGAUGCGUCGAUGAGCAUCUACAGGACCAGAUUAUCAUCUUCAUAGCUCUAGCAAAGGGCCGCUCGACAAUCAAGACUGGACCUCUCACAGAUCACACAAUAACUGCAAUAAAAAUAGCGGAACAAAUGACCGGCGCUACGUUUCAUCUCCAGCAGAAUCCAUCAGGUUUCGUCAUUAUAAGCUGCGACGGCAUCGGCUAUACCCCUUCACCGUAG